AUGAUGGAGACGGAGCGACUCGUGCUACCUCCCCCAGAUCCCCUGGACCUGCCUCUUCGGGCUGUGGAGCUGGGAUGCACUGGGCGCUGGGAGCUGCGGAAUGUGCCUGGGGCUCCAGAGAGCACGCUUCCCCACGGCCUCCCACCCUGUGCCCCAGAUCUGCAGCAAGAAGCAGAGCAGUGGUUCCUGUCGUCUCCAGCCUGGCUGCCUCUGCACGGCCUGGAGCACUCAGCUCGAAAAUGGCAGAGGAAGAUGGAUCCUUGGUCUCUCCUCACUGUACUGGGCGCCCCAGUCCCCUCCGACCUGCAAGCCCAAAGACAACCAACCACGGGCCAGAUCCUGGGCUUCAAGGAGGUCCCGCUGGAGAACACAGACCUGUCGGCCACGACCUCCUUAUCUCUGCGCCGGCCGCCGGGGCCCAUCUCCCAGUCCUUGUGGGGGAAUCCAACACAGUACCCUUUCUGGCCAGGUGGGAUGGAUGAGCCCUCCAUAACAGAGCUGAGCACUCGGGAGGAAACUGAGGAGGAGAUAGACUUUGAGAAAGAUCUCCUCACUAUUCCGCCCGGCUUCGAGAAAGGCGUGUCCUUCGCAGCAAAGGCUGACCCAGCUCCAGCUGCUGGGCUGCUCAGCCUCAGCCGCCUGCUAGAGCCCCUGGAUCUGGGCGGGGGCGAUGAAGACGAGAGGGAGGCAGAGGGACAGCCGGGAGGCACCAGAGGAGACACUGUUCCAGCCUCUCCCUGCCGGGCUCCCUUGGCCCGAGCAAGCAGCUUGGAGGACCUCGUGCUGGAGGAAGCGUCCACAGUUGUGUCCCCUUCAGAGCCCCCCAAACCCCUCCCUCAGGAGCAGUGGGCCAUUCCUGUGGACGUCACCUCCCCCGUUGGUGACUUCUACCGCCUCAUUCCCCAGCCCGCCUUCCAGUGGCCGUUUGAGCCGGACGUGUUCCAGAAACAGGCCAUCCUGCACCUGGAACGGCACGACUCGGUCUUCGUGGCGGCUCACACGUCGGCAGGGAAGACGGUUGUGGCCGAAUAUGCCAUCGCCCUCGCCCAGAAGCACAUGACCCGCACCAUCUACACUUCCCCCAUCAAGGCUCUGAGUAACCAGAAGUUCCGAGACUUCCGCAACACCUUCGGGGACGUGGGGCUGCUCACGGGGGACGUGCAGCUGCACCCAGAGGCCUCCUGCCUCAUCAUGACGACAGAGAUCCUCCGCUCCAUGCUGUACAGCGGCUCGGACGUCAUCCGGGACCUGGAGUGGGUCAUCUUCGAUGAGGUUCACUACAUCAACGACGCGGAGCGCGGGGUCGUGUGGGAGGAGGUGCUCAUCAUGCUCCCUGACCACGUCUCCAUCAUCCUCCUGAGCGCCACCGUGCCCAACGCCCUGGAAUUUGCUGACUGGAUUGGACGCCUGAAGCGCCGCCACAUCUACGUGGUCAGCACGGCCGCCCGCCCGGUGCCCCUGGAGCACUAUCUCUUCACGGGGAACAGCCCCAAGACCCAGGGGGAGCUCUUCCUGUUGCUGGACUCCCGAGGCGCCUUCCACACGAAGGGGUACUAUGCAGCCGUGGAGGCCAAGAAGGAGAGGAUGAGCAAACACGCCCAGACCUUUGGGGCCAAGCAGCCCACGCAGCAGGGGGGGCCUGCCCAGGACCGCGGUGUGUACCUGUCGCUCCUGGCCUCCCUCCGCACCCGCGCGCAGCUGCCCGUGGUGGUGUUCACCUUCUCCCGGGGCCGCUGUGACGAGCAGGCUUCGGGCCUCACCUCCCUGGACCUCACCACGAGCUCCGAGAAGAGCGAGAUCCACCUCUUCCUGCAGCGCUGCCUCGCUCGCCUCCGCGGCUCUGACCGGCAGCUGCCCCAGGUGCUGCACAUGUCGGAGCUCCUGCACCGCGGCCUGGGCGUGCACCACAGCGGCAUCCUGCCCAUCCUCAAGGAGAUCGUGGAGAUGCUCUUCAGCCGCGGCCUGGUCAAGGUCCUGUUCGCCACAGAGACGUUUGCCAUGGGUGUCAACAUGCCGGCCCGGACGGUGGUGUUUGACUCCAUGCGGAAGCACGACGGCAACGCCUUCCGGGACCUGCUCCCCGGGGAGUACGUGCAGAUGGCGGGCCGGGCAGGCCGCAGGGGCCUGGACCCCACGGGCACCGUCAUCCUGCUCUGCAAGGGCCGCGUGCCUGAGAUGGUGGACCUGCACCGCAUGAUGACGGGUAAGCCCUCGCAGCUGCAGUCUCAGUUCCGCCUCACGUACACCAUGAUCCUCAACCUGCUGCGGGUGGACGCCCUCAGGGUGGAGGACAUGAUGAAGAGGAGCUUCUCCGAGUUCCCAUCCCGCAAGGACAGCAAGGCCCACGAACAGGCUCUGGCUGAAUUAACCAAGAAGCUGGGGGCCCUGGAGGAGCCUGACCUGACGGGCCAGCUGGCGGACCUGCCCGAGUAUUACAGCUGGGGAGAGGAGCUGACAGAAACCCGCAGCCUGAUCCAGCGACGUGUCAUGGAGUCUGUCAACGGGCUGAAGUCGCUCUCGGCCGGAAGGGUGGUGGUUGUGAAGAGUCGGGAGCAUCACAACGCACUGGGGGUGGUCCUGCAGGUCUCCUCCAACUCCACCAGCAGAGUGUUCACCACCCUGGUCUUGUGUGAUAAACCCGCAUCUGAGAACCCACAGGAGGGGCGCCCGGCCGCCCCAGCUGUGCCCUACCCAGACGACUUGGUGGGAUUCAAACUGUUCCUGCCUGAAGGGCCCUGUGACCACACGGUGGCCAGGCUCCAGCCCGGAGACGUGGCUGCCAUCACCACCAGGGUGCUCCGGGUGAACGGGGAGAAGAUCUUGGAGGACUUCAGCAAGAGGCAGCAGCCGAAAUUCAAGAAGGACCCUCCCCUCGCUGCGGUGACCACCGCUGCCCAGGAGUUGCUGCGCCUGGCACAGGCCCACCCGGCGGGACCCCCUACCCUUGACCCUGUCAACGACUUGCAGCUUAAGGAUGUGUCUGUGGUUGAGGGGGGACUCCGGGCCCGGAAGCUAGAGGAGCUGAUCCGGGGGGCUCAGUGCGUGCACAGCCCCCGUUUCCCUGCUCAGUACCUGAGGCUGCAGGAGCGACGGCAGGUGCAGAAGGAGAUAGAGCGGCUGCGCUUCCUGCUGUCAGACCAGUCGCUGCUGCUGCUCCCCGAGUACCACCAGCGAGUAGAGGUGCUCCGGACGCUGGGCUACGUAGAUGAGGCGGGCACCGUGAAGCUGGCGGGGCGCGUGGCUUGUGCCAUGAGCAGCCACGAGCUGCUGCUCACCGAGCUCAUGUUCGACAACGCCCUGAGUGCCCUGCGGCCGGAGGAGAUCGCCGCCCUGCUCUCCGGCCUGGUCUGCCAGAGCCCCGGGGACACUGGGGAGCAGCUCCCAAGUACCCUCAAACAGGGAGUGGAGCGUGUGCGCGCCGUGGCCAAGCGGAUUGGAGAGGUGCAGGUGGCCUGCGGCCUGAACCAGACGGUGGAAGAAUUUGUGGGGGAGCUGAAUUUCGGGCUGGUCGGGGUUGUGUACGAGUGGGCCCGGGGCAUGCCCUUCUCUGAGUUGGCAGGGCUCUCGGGGACGCCUGAGGGCCUGGUGGUCCGCUGCAUCCAGCGCCUGGCCGAGAUGUGUCGCUCACUGCGCGGGGCAGCCCGCCUGGUGGGCGAGCCUGUGCUGGGCGCCAAGAUGGAGACGGCGGCUACCCUGCUGCGGAGGGACAUCGUGUUUGCAGCCAGCCUCUACACCCAGUGA